AUAUACCGCGGUCUAGUCUGGCGUAGCUAUAUUUUAGCAUUAUAAAUUAAUAUAUUAUCACUUUGAUAGUGUCUGCUUCUGCUAUUAUCGUGGUGCUUCGCUCUCGCAGUUGACGUGAACUUUUCUUUUGUUUUGUUUUUGUUUUUCGUGAAAAUAUUUCGCAAUAUUAUUAUAUUAAUAUAAUAUAUAUUUUGUUCCACAUCGCUUAAUAUUUUAACAUUAUUGUAUCAUCGUAAGUCAUAAACCAUAACCCGCUCAGUCUUAUAUAAGACUUACAAAAGCUGUUCAAAAGCCAAUGACACAGAUUACUGGACUCAAUGGACUGCAAGUAACCGGUCGCAUACGACACGAAGUGUCAUGGAAUGGAUCGUGUUCCAACGGCGAGUAUCGUCUUUAGGUGGAUAACCCACUCGUUCACCUACCAGAUUCAAUCAGCGUACGCGUGGCGUUAAGUGAAUACAAUUAUCGUGGCGUGCCUACAACGGUAAAUAAUACAUCUAUCAUGGGCCGUCGUUUAACUGGACCGUCUGCUAGGACUCGUGAUGCACAACCCCUUCCCAUAUCAACACAACAUAAUUCAUCUUCAACAAAUGAUCGAAACAAUUUAUCACAACAUGAUGAACUUAUUCAUUUUGUUGGUGGUUCAUGGAAUGUCAUUUUUCAAGAAUAUCAAAAUGGAUGCCAAGGAUCUAACGGUCGUUUUCAUAUACAGUUCUAUGAAGAAGGAAAUAGUGAUACAUUAAAAGGUUUUAAACCCUUUGAUCUAGAAGCUUGGUGGGGAAAACAAACCAUCCAACGAUACCAACAACGUUCCUAAUGUUAUUAUGCUAAUAAAUUGUGUUGUAUUUUUCAGUUAA